AGUUUAAAUCAUUAGUAAACGCCGUACGCCUUGAGCAAAGUAACAAAAAAAAAAGAAAAGAAAAAUUAAAUAUUUUUCAUAUCGUAAUUGGGCUAUGUAUGCGAACCAAGCUGAAAUGAAAAUCUUUGCCACGACUGUUGUUGUUGCCAGUUCAGCGGAUGAGGCUGGUGCGGCAACAGUAGCAACAACACAACAGCACCAGCACCAACAAUUGCAGCAGCAGCAGCAACGCGAAUAUCGCUGUGCUGCUCAGGUGAAGUUCAACAAGUAUAACAACAAGGCAAACAAUAUGUUGCGACAAGCCAAAUAUGGCAACAACAACAACAGCAGUAAUAACAAUAACAACAUCAACACUGAUAACAAACAUGCAAAGCGACUGCAGCAACAGUCACAACAGCAACAGUCGCAACAGCAGCAGCAGCAACAACAACAGCAGCUACACUACAACAACAAUAAUAAUAUGCACAACUUUGCGCGCAAGAAAUAUUUUGGCAGCAAUGCCAACAAUAACAAUAACAACAACAGCAGCUACAACUGCAACCAACAGCAGCAGCAAUCGCCUUAUUACCAGCAGCAACACGCGACCGCAGCACCAACAAACAACAACAACAACUUGGUGAUGAAAAAUCAAAAUAUUAUCGAAGAAAUCAGUUGCAAACAACAAAGAAGCGAUAGAAACAACAACAACAGCAAUGAUACCAACAGCAACAAUACAAAGUUGCUAAUAAAAUCGAAUAACAAUAGCAGCAACAACACCAGCAAUAGCAGCAACAACACAAGCAAUAGCAGCAACAACAAUUCAACAUCAUCUGUAUAUUAUAGCUGCAACGGCAUCGAGUCAUCGACAACUCAAACAGUAGCCAACAAUAACAAUGAUGAACGGCAGCAGCAGCAACAACAACAACAGCAGCAGCAUCAUCAUCAAAGCACACCAACUAAGUUGGCAACAUCAGCCAAGCAAUCAGCAACAACUGCAAAGACACAGCAACAACAGGACAACGGCAACAGCAAGACGCAAAAGCCCCGACAGCAACCGUUGAGCUUCUGGAAGACGAGCUAUCCACAACAGCCGACGCCGCAGCAGAAGGAACAGCAAUUCAAGCAGUCGCUGGCCACACAAAAGAAAACGGAGUUGGCUAUGGCAGCAGUGGCAGCAGCAGGCGGGGGAGGAGGAGGAGCAUCAUCGGAUCAGCAGCAACAGAAUUAUCAAUAUUACUACUCGCAUCCCAAGCAGCUGACCAUUGCAUCGUUUCUGCAAAAGGAGCAGUUGCCUGAAACCGUUGAGACUAGCCCCCCACAGCAACAGAAACAGCAGCAACAACAGCAACACAAGCAGCAGCAGCAGCAAACAGGCGCUUAUCAGCAACGGUAUCGCAACUACGGCUACAACAACAACAACUAUCUGCAGCAGCAACAUACAUAUCCUCACCAUGCACAGCAGCAACACAAUCACAUGCCCAACUCGCACUUUCGUCGCAAUAAGAAAUUGCAUUACAACAGCAACAACAAUAGCAAUAACAACCACAACAACUGCCCUCUAGCGACAUCUGUACAUAAGCCCAUUGAGAUUGUGCCCGGCAGCAGCUAUAACAACGCCUCACAUCGGCGCAUGCAAAAUGCAACAGUUGCUGCUGGCAAUACCAAUCAUCAUGUUGCCACAAGCCACAAAAAUGGCUACUAUCAGCAGCUGCAUCAGCACAGCCAUCGGUUCCACUCGCUGAUGACAUCCAAUGGCGCCACGCCCAUCAGAGCCGAGCAUCAGAAAUUAUACAAUUUGACUUAUGUGAAUAUGGAUGUUCAGGAAGCAGUUGCAGCAGCAGCAACAGCAGCAGCUGCUGUCGUCACAACGCCAAUAACAGCAGGCGAAAAUGGUGAUACUGCAGCGGCAACUGUUGCUACAACAUCGAAUCGCAGCAGCAGCAGCAGCAUUUUUCUGCAGCCGCCGCCAAUGCUACAAUUGCCGAUGCUCGGUCCGGGCAUACUAUCGCCGGUAGCUCUUACGCCGGAGUCUGUUACGACGCCCACAAACAUGAUUAGCUGUGCCCAGCUGGAUGAGGCAAUCACAGCGGCAGCAGCCAGCGGCACCACCAACCAGCCUGUGGAACCCUCACCCAUUGUCUAUGUGCACAGUCCCAGCUAUGCACCACUGCCUUUUAUGCUGCACCCACAGCAGCAGCAACAACAACAACAGCAGCAGCAGCAACAGUCCCAACAGCUGUACACGAACAAAACACAGCAGCAUCAACACUUUUUCGUUGGCUUUGGAGAUGGUUAUAACGGCAACAACACCGCCGCCGCCUGGUCGCAUGCCCAAAAUUCCCCUUGUUAUACGCCUGCCUACGGUCCCGGUCAGGGUCCGGGGAGCAUGUCCAGUGGCUCAACACAUUCAAACAGUCGCAUUCCGUCGCAUUGCGCCGUUUCGCCUGCCUCGUCCACCUGCUCGCUGGCCAGUGAAUCCCAAUGGAGCAGUCGUAGCCGCUUUGCCUCCACGGAGCUGUUAAGCGUUUCGCCCACGCCGCCAGCUGCAGCUACAGCUGCAAGCGCCACAAAAUCAGUCUCGACAGUGUCAGCAGUCUCGGGGACGGGAACAACGGGUGGCCAACCGGCGACAUCGCCGCGAUUGGGCAAUAUGGGUAAUGGAAUGCAUGCGAUGUUACCGUUUGGGUUACCACCACCACUGCCACCACUACCCAUGCCCGUGAACGGGGCAUAUCCGCAUUAUUGCGGUCCAAAUUGCGGCUGCAGUGGCGGCAAUAUGUCGUGGACGGCAUCUUGGUAUGAGCCGAUUUUGCCGCCGGAUCGCUUUCUGGAUCAUGCACGCAACGUUGAAUUGACCAUGCAACCGGAACAGCUGUUAUGCCACAGUAAAUACGACAAUCUAUCGAUGGAUAUAUGGAAACACUUUCGGGGCGCACAACAGACCCACGCCACGUUCAAGCGAAAGAUGCGACUGUGGCGACAUCUGUUCAUCUGGCUAUACCAGACCAUGUUUUCGGGCUAUCGGAUCUGCUUAGUGGGCUCAACAAUCACUGGCUUCGGCACGGACUCAUCAGACAUCGAUAUGUGCCUGUUGCCAGACCAUCAGAUGCAUCAUCAUCAUCACCAUCACCAUCACCAUCAGCAGCAACAGCAGCAGGAGCAGCAGCAACAGCAUCACUUUCACAACGAGCAGCGCACCAAGGCGAUUAUGACAUUGAAUCUGUUCAAUGAGGUUCUCAAAGAAACGGGCAAUGAAGUUUUUCAGGAUUUCAAUUUAAUUGAGGCACGCGUCCCAAUCCUUCGCUUCAAGGAUCGCCUAAACGGCAUCGAAGUGGAUCUCAACUAUAACAAUUGUGUGGGCAUUAAAAAUACAUAUCUGCUGCAGUUUUACGCGCAGUUGGAUUGGCGCACACGGCCACUGGUGGUCAUCGUGAAGCUGUGGGCGCAAUAUCAUGACAUCAACGAUGCCAAACGGAUGACCGUGUCGAGUUACUCGCUGGUGCUGAUGGUGUUGCACUAUUUGCAGUAUGCCUGUAUGCCGCGUGUGUUGCCCUGCCUGCAGGCGCUCUAUCCCGAUAAAUUCAAUUUGGGGCAGCAGGAUUGCCUCGAUCUGGAUCUCAUCGAGCCCAUUGAGCCGUAUCAUACACAAAACAAGCAAACGCUCGGCGAGCAUUUGCUUGGCUUUUUCAAAUACUACAGCACAUUCGACUUUGAGAACUAUGCUAUAUCCAUACGCACUGGCGGUGUUUUACCCGUAACUGCCUGCCGUCUGGCCAAGAGUCCCAAGAACGACAUACACCAGUGGAAGGAGCUGAACAUUGAGGAACCCUUCGAUUUGUCGAACACAGCGCGUUCUGUUUACGACAGUGCGACCUUUGAGCGUGUAAAGACUACAUUUAUAGUGACGGCGCUUCGAUUGGAGCACACAUUGGAUCUCGUCUCGAUAUUCACGCAAAUUCAUCACGCCACUCAAAAGCCGUCCGUGCAUCAUGCUGCCAAUCAUGUCCAUAACUCGCACACCUCGCACGGUAGCCAUCAGUCAUCACAUCAGCCGCAGCAGCAGCAUUCACUGCACGGACGUGACUCCACCUUUGGAGCGGCUCCCCAAUCCGUGCAUCACGUCUGAACAGACAAUUGGCAUUUAUAUGAAAGAAUUGUCCGUCAUUUUGCAGGCAUUUCAUAAUCAUCUACAGCCCUCCUCCAUACAAAUGCAAACAUAUUUCAAAAGUAUGUGCACUUAAGCGAAGCAAAACUAUAUGCACAAUGAAAAAAAAAAAAAAACUAUAAAAAAAGCAAUAAAUUAUAAUUAAAAUUUAUUUCAAAUAUAAAUAUUGUAAUACCUUUUGGUUACAAGUUUUGUAAAUUCAAAUUUAAUUAUAUUGAGUUUGAAUAAUCUUAAAUUCCAUUUAUAUCUUUGUCCGUGUUCUCUAUUUAAAUUAUAUAAAAUCGUAGCCCCCACAACCCCCUCCCCCCAUCAAUGUAAUUGUUAAGUUUUUUUUCGAUCACUCACUUUACGUCACAUUUACUGUAAAAAAAAAAAAAAAAUGUAAUCAAAAGAAUAUAAAUCGAAUCAUGAAAUUUGAAAUAUGUUAGGCGAAAUAGCUGCAGAGAUGAAUAUAUAUCAAAUACAUCGCACAAACCAAUGUCAUACCAAAAUAAAAAU